AGCCGCCGCUGCGCCAUGCUCCAUCUGCGGGACUUUUCCGGCCCCGACGAGCUCGUCUCCAAGUCCGCUGAAGGCUGCAGCGCUGAACCCAGCCCCGAAUUGCCCCGGCUGCCCGCCAGGGACGCUCCCUCGGCCCCAGCCUACCCUGGAGGCGACUUCUUGAGCUGGGCUUUAAGCAGCUGCGGUGCUGGGGGGGACUUAGCCGACUCCAGUUUGCUGGAGGGCCCCGCGCCCACUCCCCCUCCCGGCCUCAGCUACAGCGGUAGCUUCUUCAUUCAGGCGGUACCGGAACACCCACACGACCCGGAGGCACUCUUCAACCUCAUGUCGGGCAUCUUGGGCCUGGCACCCUUCCCUAGCUCAGAGGCGGCAGCGUCUCGGUCCUCGCUGGACGCCCCUUUCCCCACGGGCCCCGAUACCUUGCUGCCCGGUCCGUCGGACCUUUACUCCGCGGAUCUGAGCGCAGCCGCGUUCUCGGAGGCCUUUUGGGAGGCUGCGCCUUCCGCGGGAGGCCCCUCGCAGUGCCUGUUCGAGCCUCAGCUCUCCCCACCCGACGUCAAGCCGGGCCUGCGGGCGCCUCCGGCUUCUCCAGCGCUGGACGCAGCCCCCGCUUUCAAAGGCCCCUAUGCUCCGUGGGAGCUGCUUUCUGUGGGGGCUCCAGGGAACUGUGGGCCCCAGGGCGGCUACCAGACCGCACCCGAGUCUCGUUUCCCCUCGAUGGGGACCAAGAUCGAGGACCUGCUGUCCAUCAGCUGCCCCGCGGAGCUGCCAUCCGGCCCAGCCAACAGACUGUACCCCAGCGGGCUCUACGACGCGUUCUCGCUGGGCCCGGGUGACUUAGGGGAGGGGGCCGAGGGCCUCCCGGGGCUCUCGACCUCUCCCAGCGGGGAGGGGGGCAGCGGCAGCGAAGGCGGAGAGUUUCUGGCCGGCCCGCAGCCUCAGCUCUCCCCGCUGGGCCUGCGCGGCGCCGCCCCGGCAGACUUCCCGAAACCUUUGGUGGCCGACGUCCCCGGGAGCGGUGGCGCGGCGCCGUCGGUGUCCCCGGCCAAGGCGCGGCCGCCACGCAAAGGGCGGCGGGGCGGCAAGUGCAGCGCGCGCUGCUUCUGCCCGCGUCCGCACGCCAAGGCCUUCGCGUGCCCGGUGGAGAGCUGCGUGCGGAGCUUCGCGCGCUCCGACGAGCUCAAUCGCCACCUGCGCAUCCACACCGGCCACAAGCCCUUCCAGUGCCGCAUCUGCCUCCGCAACUUCAGCCGCAGCGACCACCUCACCACGCACGUGCGCACGCACACGGGCGAGAAGCCCUUCGCCUGCGACGUGUGCGGCCGCCGCUUCGCGCGCAGCGACGAGAAGAAGCGGCACAGCAAGGUGCACCUGAAGCAGAAGGCGCGCGCCGAGGAGCGGCUCAAGGGCCUCGGCUUCUACUCGCUGGGCCUCUCCUUCGGCGCGCUGUGA